AUGUCUGAUUCCAAUUCUGCCCUCGUUGCAGGCUCAUCACACCGGCUUGCAGCCUCUUCCCAGGAGCCUCUGACCUCAGUUCUUACACUACAGACAAUCCAGACACCAGCACCAACCGUAAUGGCAACAGGUUUGCAGAGCCAAAAAAAUGUUAUCCGUACGGUCGCGGUCAAAUUUAAUGAGAUCCCCCUUCCCUGGACCGAUAACCGUCCUAUUGAACCCCCUGGCUUAACAUACAGAGACAACACUGAGCACCGCCAUCGAGACGUCCUAAGUCGUAUCGAAUGGCACCGUGAAGACGACCGCUACCUCAGCUCUACGGACGGCCGCCUGAAAAGACUGGUUGUGCAAGCCACAGAUGACGUGCGUCUUGGUCCCAGAAAUGGGACGUGGGCGAGAACAGGAAUCCGCAAAGUCACGCCCAUUCAGCUGCGGAUUGUCUAUUGGGUUCUUAAGAGACAUAUUGAAGGGAAGGAGAAUGGGAUGUCGCUGGAGAUUUGUCUGAAGUGGGUUCCCGCAUGUUUGGCUAUCGCCGUGUUGCUCUUUAUUCCCGCUGAUCUCGGUGGCGAGAAGCGCAACAACGGCCUCUAUGAGCAGUUCAAAUAUCACUUCUGGGGAUACUCCUACAUCCCGAGUAACCCGCUCGAGGCGUCCACGUCCUCAGACCCGGCAAUAACACUUGCAGAUGGGAUAAACGGCAUCACAGAGCGUCCCCUUCGGCCGCGAUAUCUCUGUUUUCCCGCUGAGAACGGGAGCGUCGACAUUGUGAGAGUCGCCGACUGGGAAGCCCAGCACGGCCGGGAUGCUGUUCUGGAGUACAUUUUUAUAUCCUACACAUCCGCGCAGUUUGACGGUCCCGAUGAUUGGGAUUACCUUCAUUCUGUUGCAAAAGCGGCGGUUCGGAGCGCCGGUGUGCCCGCAUACUGGAUCUCGUGCAGUUGCAUGCCCGAUCCUGAGGAAUAUUCUGAGGAUGUUUAUAGAAUCAGCGAUAUCGUUCGGGGCUCGCAUUCAGUCGUCAUCAUUGUCGGGCCUCCUAUCAGCAAUCCGUCGGCAGAGUUUAACAUGAAGGCCAUGCUACAGCACUGGGGAGAGCGGAUAUGGACAUUCCCUGAAGUGCUUUUGAGUCCCAACACUCAUCCUCUCGCCAUCUACAUGCGCGCUGGGAAUGUGGCAAACCCCACCUAUCUACAAAAACGCAAUUUUCCCGCCGUAGCAUGGACAGAUGCCCCUGUCUCACGUCAACUGGUUGACCAUUAUGAGGGCUCUAUCCUUCUCAGCCCGCUUGAACUGGUCACCCUGGCGCUCCAAUGUCUCAGCGGCAGGGCACACAACACAGCUCCUUUUUUCCCGGGAGAUCUAACAUACGUGUUGAUGGGCCUCCUGCGACGCAGACCAAGGGUCAACAGGAACCACAGCGCAUUCCAGGAAUUCUGCCGCCUAUCUCUUGCCAACGACAGUAACCGGCUGCUGGAGCGCCUCAUAUGUCUCCUCCCCAGCCGCCGCAAGCGAGAAGACUCCUGGGAAUGGCAUGACAUAGAUGAUACUUGGAGCCGAAAUCUCUGGGACAUUACGCCUCUUUGCCAGGUAGACGGGGUUGGCGAAGACGAUACUGUAAUCCUAGGCGGCGGUUUUGCGGCGCCCAUCCGGUGGAAAUCAUUCACCCCCGUCAAUCUGCUCCUGAGAAACACGAUUAAGCGAAUGGUUUUUCGGGUUGCUGUGCGUGCGAUGCCGAGUGUUUUAGUUCUUGGCGCGUUCUUACUCGCCACCAGUCAUUCCCAGGGCGGGUCUCUUGCAGUGGUAACGGCACUGGGAUGGCUACUCAUGGGGCCUGCCAUCAUAACGAUUCUGCUUUCCCCGAGGCUAUUGGCAAAGCUGUACAUCGGUAAGCCGUGGCGUGCGCAGCCAUGGCUCUUUGGGUUUGAGGGUUAUAUGCCUAUUGGUGAGAUUGAGACGAAUAUUUUUGGAACCGAUCUAGGUAGGUUGAAGUGGGCGCCGUAUUCGAGCGAGCUGUCCAGACAUCAGAAUACGGAGGGUGAAUGUAUAGGCGUGGAUCCUAUGGCGGAUUCUGCGGUCCGUGAGAUCAUCAUCAGGGCUCGAGGCUCAGGAUAUGGAGAAGAGAAAGUGUUUACACUUGUUGACACGAAUCUCAUGACUGUUACGCUGUUUAGCGCCGUUCGUCCUCCUGUCGCCCUGGUGCUUUGCGGGAGUGAAGGCGGAAUGCAGAGGGGCUUACUAUGCUCUUACGACUGGAAGAGUCAGACGCUUUAUCGUGAGAGCGUGCUGAGAGUUGAUACGAUGGUGCUUGAGAAGAUGAGUAGGGUCGAGCGGUUCAAGCUAGGACUAAGGAGGCCGCUGGGGAAUACGAAUGAAGGGACACCCAGUGAAACUUACAGUGAUGAGCAGGAUUGA